AUGGCUUCACCCACCCCAGAUGCCCCCGCCGCCGAUUCUCCGUCGCGUGAUGUCACCGCAGAGAAGGAACACAAGUCCGAAGUCAACGGACAUGCGACUCCUGAUAAGCCAACCGACGCGCCUGAACCCACAACAGUAAACGGCAACGACAACGACAAGACCGAGGAUCACCCAGUCGAGAACGGCGUGAGUAACGAUGUCGAGAUGGCGGAUAGUGAUGAGAAGAAGGCAUCUCCAUCUCCACCCAAGGAAGAUGCUGUAGAGAGCGAGAACAAGUCGGACAGUGUCGACCAGGCAAAAGAGCUGGGCGAUAAGGAGUCGGACGAACCUAAACCUGCUGAAGAUAAGCCAGUUGCUGCAUCGGAGGAUGUCGACAUGGCAGACGCUUCACCUUCAGACAAACCUCAAGAUGACAAGCCUGCACAAGACGAAUCUACUAAACCCCCCGUCGAGGAAGACGUCAAGGACGUUGAUAUGACAGAGAAGCCUUCUGAUGCACCUGAGAACACAGACGCAACUGAUGACAAGGCGACCGCGUCAAAAGAUGCUGAAGCGAUUACCUCCGAGGCUGAUGAGCAGCCCACCAGUCUGUCUCAGCUUGCGAUCGAUGGCAAUGAUGCCGAUGGCCCUAAGCCUUCUGUUGACAGCAAUGAUAUUGACGCCCCCAAGCCAUCCACCGAAGUGUCAAUGCAAGAUGCGCCGGCCCUUGACGUUUCCGCUAGCUCUAAAGUCGCACGCGAACGCGAAGAGGACUCCGCAGAUGAACCUGCGCCCAAACGAGCCAAGACAGAGCCCAAGUCAGAGGAACCGGCCGACGCUAUGCUGCCCGUUACCAAGACCGAAACAAUUCCUAACGAGUCGGCUCCUGAGCAGGAAAUUUCACGCUUCUCUGGCCUUGAGCUGUGGAACAACAAAGAAUACAAGGACCAGAAGCUCACCAAUCAUCAGCGACGCGAGUUCCGCAAGGUGCUUGGACGUGUGAAGAAGACCAAAUCAGGUGGACACUUCAAAGAUUCUGUCGCAAAGUUGUGGCCACAGCUCGCCGAUAGCUAUCUGUCCAAAAUCGACAAGCCUACUGACUUGUCCGAGAUUGACCGAACUCUGCGCGAUGCCGUUUACACCACCAUUGGUGACUUCCAAAAUGAUUUGGCUCUCAUGUAUGACAACACUCAAACGUUCAAUGGCACUUUACAUGAGGUAACGACUUCUGCGUUCAACGCCAUUCGAGACAUUUGGGAAAACAUCAUCCAAAUCCCUGCGGAAGAGAUGGUCAAGCCCAAGUCUGCCCCUAAGCCAAAGCCUCCUCGCGAGCCGCGCAUCAGCUCCCUGGGCGACACUGUCGCCCGUAAGCCAUCUGUCGGACCAGGCACGAGUCCUGCUGCCGAGAGUGUGUCGUCAAAGCCAAGGCACGAGUCGCAAGAGGUUGCUGCUGCAGCAGCGGCGGCCUCAGAACUGCGUCGUGCUUCCAAUGCAACUGAAGGUGACCGUCCCAAGAGAACUGUUCGUGCUCCCAAGUCCAAGGAUAUCGACUACACAACAAAGCCUUCGCGUAAGAAGCUCAAGCCUGAGUUGCAGUUUUCCGAGGAGGUAUUGAGCGACAUCAUGCACCCAAAGAACACUGCCCUCAAUUCCUGGUUCAUGGACCCUGUUGAUGCCGAAGGGUUGAACAUCCCCCACUAUUACUCCAUCAUCAAGAAACCUAUGGAUCUGAACAAGGUUUCCCGGAUGCUGAAGAAUGGUGAAAUAACCAGUGUCAAGGACUUUGACAAGAAUGUGCGGCUGAUCUUUACCAACUGCUACACCUUCAACGGCAGUGUCGACCAAGGAAACGCGGUAUCCUACGUAGCCUCCCAGUUGGAAGGAUACUACAAUGGUCUGAUGAAGGAGAAAGAUGCAUGGCUGGCUAGGUAUGCCAAGGCCAAUGCUCCAGCCCCCAAUGGCAGUGAUGACGAGGAUGAAGAUGAGGAUGAAGCUGAGGGCGAUGCUGUUGAAGCCGCAGGCCCGCCUGGUGCCAACCCGACCAAGGAAGUGCAUGACCUGGAGGCGAAGCUGCGAGAAGAGAGCAGUAAGCUUACCGACUUAUACGCCGCUGAAGUGCCCAAUGAAAGCAUGAUUCACAUUCAGCAGACUAUAGUCAACGUUGUACAGAAUAGUCUUCUCAAGGCGAAGCAAGCUCUCAGUCAGCAUCGGGCAAAGAAUCCAGACAAGCCCGCCAAAAAGGCCGCCAAGCCUAGCAAGCCCAAGCCCAGUGGCUCUGUGCCUCGCAAGCCCAGCGGAACUCUGCCCCAUCCUAAGAAGCCCAGUGGUACCAAGAAGGCUGCCACCAAGAAGACUCUGACAGCCGCAGAUAAGGAUUUGAUUGCUUCGGCCAUCAACGACCUUGACGGUGCACAACUCGAUCGUGCUAUCGAUAUCAUCAAGCGGGACACAGGCCAAAACGAGAACAAUGACGGAGAGCUGGAACUGGAUAUUGACCAGCUUAGCCACGAGGCAUUACUCAAGCUCUGGGAGCUGUGUAGGAAGGUGCUCCCAGGAUUUGGCAAGGACUCGAAUGUGCCAUCUUCUCCGGAGGCAUCCCGAGCGGCGCCUCCUAAGCACUCUAAGACUUCGUCAACAUCAGCGAAGCCCAAAAAGAAUAAGCCCAUGAGUGCUCGGGAGCAGGAAGAGCGCAUAGCACAGCUUCGCGGCCUUCGCGAUCUGUACAGACCUGGCCAAGAGCCCGGAGACGCCCAGCCUGUGCUGCAAGCCCCUACACCCACCGCCGAAUCCAGUGAUGAAUCGGAUUCGGAGGAGGAGUAA